AUGGCACCGCACAGAGAUAUUGGUUGGGAUCAUGCUACUCCUAUCAGCAAUGAUAGAAAACAAGCAAAAUGCAAUUAUUGUGGUAAAAUUGUUCACGGCGGAAUUACUAGGAUGAAACAACAUAUAGCACAUGUUACAGGUCAAGUUGAAGCAUGCACGAGAGCUCCAAAAGAAAUAAGAGAGUUAUUAAAAAAACACUUGAUCCAAGGAAAAAGUAUGCGAGCAGCACAUAAAAAAAAGUUAGAAGCAUUGCAAAAUUUCAUUCGUUUGGAAGAUGAUUCUGAUGAGGAAGAAGAUGAAGUUUUUGAAAUAAAUGAAGAUGAGAUAGAUGCUCUUGAAAGAAAACACUUAAAAAGAGCAAUGGCUGAAAGCAGAAAUAUGGAAUUUAUGGAGCAGCAGCGUAGACAUUCUGUUUCCGGAGAUCUACCAAGCUUGAAUUUUAAAGCCGGAGGAAGCAGCUCGAAUACAAAAGGAAGUAAAAGAAAUUUUUUCGAAAGCUCUAUGAAAAAGACAGAAGGUUUGCAUCAAAAAAAACUUGAUCCAUACAUGUUUCAAUCGAAGAAUAAGUCUUUGAAAAAUAUGUUUUCAAAAGAUAAUGCAAAAAAAGUGGGUAGAGCAAUUUCGAAAUUUUUUCAUUUUAAUGCAAUACCAUUUCACGCUGCCGAUAGUGGUCCUUACUACCAAACGAUGAUUGACACGAUUGCAUCGGUUGGACCUGGAGUUAAAGGACCUACUGGUAAACAAAUUGGUGGUGAAUAUUUAAACGAGGAGAUGCAAGAAGUUGUACAGUAUGUUGAUUCUUUAAAGCAGAAAUGGAAAACAUACGGAUGUACAAUUAUGUGUGAUGGUUGGAGUACUCGUACAAAACAUCCAAUCAUAAAUUUUAUGGUGUACUGUGAUAGAGAUAUGAUAUAUCACAGUUCGGUUGAUUGUACAAAUAAGGCGAAGACUGCGGACUUUGUCUACACCCUAAUGGAUAAGGUGGUGGAAUCAGUAGGGGUUGACAAUAUUGUACAAAUUGUAACUGAUAGUGAAGCUAGUAUGAAGGCGGCUGGGAAAAAACUGAUGAGGAAAAGGAAGCACAUUUUUUGGUCUCCAUGCGCAGCGCAUUGCAUUGAUUUGAUGUUAGAAGACAUCGGAGAUAUAUUGUCAGUGAAAGAUACGAUAAAAGAAGCCAGAAGAAUUACAGGAUUUAUAUACAACAGUGAUAAAGUGGUUAAUUUGAUGAAAACAUAUACGAAUGGCCGAGAUCUGUUGCGACCAGGCAUAACAAGAUUUGCAACCGAGUUUGUUGCAAUGGAAAGUCUUCUGAGAUAUGCAACCGAUUUGAAAAGAAUGUGUACUUCUAGAGAAUGGGUUGAGUACAAUAAUACCUCGAGGAGAAGACAUGAAGCCGGAGAUAUAUCAGACUUGAUUUUGAAUGAAAGAUUUUGGAAACGGAUACGCCGAGUCUGUGGGGUCAUGGAACCCUUAGUGAAGGUUUUAAAAGUAGUUGAUCAAGAUAAAAAACCUACACUACCUAUCAUUUAUGAGGCAAUGGAUAGGGCAAAAAUGGCAAUAAAAACCGCGGUGAAAGAUUUUCAACAAUAUUGGGAUAUCAUCGAUGAAAGAUGGUAUAAUCAAUUGCAUCAAGAUUUGCAUGCAGCAGCUUAUUUUUUAAAUCCUGGUCUUCAAUACUCCGGCACUUGUGAAUUUGAUUCAUCGGAGGUUCGAAAAGGAGUAAAAGAAGUUAUCAAAAGACUCGAGCCAGAUUUGGAUAUACAAGUAAAGGAUAUGAAUGAGAUAAACAUAUUUGUUAACAAAAUUGGAGAGUUUGGAAGUGCACUUGCUAUUAGAGUUGUAUCUACAUCUUUACCAGAUGAAUGGGUUAGAGAAAAUGAAUCUCCACUUAUUCGUGAUAGUGAUUUGAAUUGGUUGGAUGAGGCUAUUGAAGAAAGUGGAGAUCGAGGUCAAAGUUAUUCCUAUGGAGAUUCUUCUCAUAGCUCGAGUAAUAGAUUGGGGAGACAGGAGUGGGACCAACCAAAUGCAUAUCAUAAUCCCUAUUACUCAGGAUACGGUUUAUCUAAUCUACCCAGACAUCUUCAGGAUUCAGCCAAUCUUCCUAUAUUUGGAUCCAACCAACCAGUUGGAACAUAUUACGGAGGGAUUACAUCUGGUUCGGGUAGUAUUGAUGAUCGUAGACAAAAUUAUGGUUCAUCAAGCAGAAGCAAUGAUAAUAGAGAAUAUCGAGGUUUUGAUGUAUAUGGAAGGGGUUCAUUCAGAGAAAAUCAAUAUGGUUCGAACAUCUCUCCUUAUCCAAGCAAUAUGAAUCCAGAACAAGGAUAUUCGUAA